UAAUACUAUAUAAUCCUCUCGCAACACACGCCCCGAACUUGCCCGACACUCAUAUAUAGUUCGUUCUACUAGACAUCUCUACACGCAUACACGCAAAUCGAUAAACAACAGAAGAAAUGUCUCUUAGCAACAAACUCGCCAUCACCGACGUUAACGUCAAGGACAAGCGUGUCUUGAUCCGGGUCGACUUCAACGUCCCCCUUGACGGCACAACCAUCACCAACAACCAGCGUAUCGUCGGCGCUCUGCCCACCAUCAAAUACGCCCUCGACAAUGGCGCCAAGGCCGUCGUCCUGAUGUCCCACCUGGGCCGUCCCAAUGGAGCGAAGGUGGAGAAGUACUCGCUUGCGCCCGUCGCCAGUGAACUCAAGAAGCUGCUCGGAAAGGACGUAACGUUCCUGAACGACUGUGUUGGAAAGGAAGUUGAGGAGCACGUUGCGAAGGCGACUGGUGGAGAGAUCAUCCUGCUCGAGAACCUGCGGUUCCACGCCGAGGAGGAGGGUAGCUCCAAGAACGCCGACGGAAAGAAGGAGAAGGCUGAUGCCGAGGCCGUCAAGGCCUUCCGCAAGUCGCUCACCUCCCUCGGUGACAUCUACGUCAACGACGCCUUCGGUACCGCCCACCGCGGCCACAGCUCCAUGGUCGGUGUCGACCUCCCCCAGAAGGCCUCCGGGUUCCUCAUGAAGAAGGAGCUUGAGUUCUUCGCUAAGGCUCUCGAGAGCCCCGAGCGCCCUUUCCUUGCCAUCCUCGGAGGAGCAAAGGUUUCCGACAAGAUCCAGCUCAUCGACAACUUGAUCCCCAAGGUCGACAGCUUGAUCAUUGGUGGUGGUAUGGCGUUCACCUUCAAGAAGACCCUGGAGGGUGUCAGCAUUGGAAACUCGCUGUUCGACGAGGCGGGUUCUAAGAUCGUCGGUGACCUCGUCGAGAAGGCCAAGAAGCACAAUGUUGAGAUCAUCCUGCCUGUGGACUACGUCACCGCCAACAAGUUCUCCAAGGACGCCGAUACCGGCUAUGCCACCGAUGCCGAUGGUAUUCCCGACGGAUGGCAGGGACUGGACUGUGGUGAGAAGUCUAUCGAGCUGUGCAGGGACGCCAUCUCUAAGGCGAAGACCAUCCUCUGGAACGGUCCCCCGGGAGUCUUCGAGUUCGAGAAGUUCGCCACUGGAACCAAGGCCAUGUUGGAUGCCACCGUCGAUGCCGCACAGAAGGGCACCACGGUGAUCAUCGGUGGUGGUGACACGGCGACCGUCGCGAAGAAGUUCGGCGCUGAGGACAAGCUGAGCCACGUCUCGACUGGUGGUGGAGCUUCUCUUGAGCUCCUGGAAGGAAAGGAGCUCCCCGGUGUGACUUACCUCUCAAGCAAAUAAAUGCAGGCACCCAAAGCACAAAAUCGGUGGUGAGAAGAUGACGGAAUUGUAGUUUCUUAAGCCCGGGGGAUCGCAGUGUGUAGUCCCAAAUGAAAGAACCGUCUUCUGUUUCGUCCAUUAGUCUCUCUAUCAUGUGCCAUAUCAUGUGCCGUAAUAUCGUGCUUCCUGAUCACACUACGGGUAUA